AUGGAUGGUUUUAGUUUUGUAAUUCUUAUUUUACGUGCUUGUGCUGCAAUAGCGAGCUUAAUUUCAACAAUAAAUGCAGUCAUUGUUCUUGUCAAUGCAAAUUAUUAUGGACAUAUAUUUAUGCCUAUAAUCGGUUUCAUUUUACUAGUCCUUCUUGUCAUUUGGACAUUUAUUGCUGUGGCGGAUGUUUUUGCCGGAUUACACGAAAAAUAUAAUUGGGUAAGAGGAUUGAUGUGGUUCAGUGUCCCAUAUGGUUUAUUAACAGCUUAUCUUGUCACAGCAGCAUAUCUUUAUGUCAUGUUACAUCGAAAUUUAAUUAUUGCAUUUACAUGGAUUGCAGUAUGCAAUAUGAUUACGGAUGCAUUCAUGAUAAAUUGCUUAUCAAAUGAAUCAAUGAUAAUACAUGUAUAA